AUACAGACUUUUCUGAAUCUAUAAACAGCUCUCUGGUUGAUUUUGAAAAUACGAAUAACAUAAGUAUAGAAUUGGUAGCUUCUGACACAGAAUUAUCUUCAGAAACUGAUCCAACUGAUGAACAGGACCUUCAAAUAUCAGUAGGCGAUUUUUAUAACUCGUGGGAUGAGGCUGAAGCAUGCCUUAAGAAUUAUACUAAGGCUACAGGCUUUUCAUUACGUCGAAAAAGAGUAAUAGUUAAUGUUGAUGGUGAAGUUAGGCGAUGUACCUUUGAGUGUACACAUUCUG